UUCUCACAUGUUUUUUAUUAUUAUUGUUAAAAACAAGGCGUAAAAUGUGCGAAAAGAAUACGAACCCGGAGGACGAAAGCGUCGAAAUGGUAUCCGACGAUAGUGACAGCGAUGUGAGCAUGACAGAUUCGGAAAGCUCUGAUAACGAGGAAACUAUAAACGACCAAAAUGAGACCAUCGAAUCCGAAGACGAACCAGUUGAAGAUGAGGAAGAAGACGAGGUAAUCAAAGCAAUUAGAAGGAAUGCGGAAAACAAAAGAGAUCACCCACCGCCGAUUACAACUGAGGAUUUCAUUACCGACAUAUCGUUUCAUCCCCAUGAGGAUAUUAUUGCCAUUGCUAAUAUAGUGGGCGACGUGGGUUUGUAUAAGUACACAAAUGAGGAGAAUACGUUAAUGGAGUCGCUUGAAUCGCACACCAAGGCUUGUAGAGAUGUUGAGUUCAGUUAUGAUGGUAAAAUUAUGUUCUCCACGUCUAAAGAUAAAAGUAUUAUGUUGACUGAUGUGCAAACAGGGAAAUUGAACAGAUUUUAUGAGAACUCACAUGAUGUGCCUGUGUAUUGUCUUACAGUGUUGGACGAAAAUUUAUUUGCUACUGGGGAUGAUGACGGUAUGGUGAAAUUGUGGGAUUUAAGGGAAAGAUCAGACAAACAAAUUUAUAGGAUAAAGAGGAAUGAGGAUUAUAUCAGUGAUAUUAUUACAAAUGAGAGUAAAAAAUAUUUAUUAAUAUCCAGUGGGGAUGGGUCGCUUUUAACAGUGGACUUACAAAACCGAAAGUUUCAUAUGCAAUCUGAAGAGUAUGAAGAAGAACUGACAUGUCUUGGAAUAUUUAGGGGAGAAACCAAGUUGGUUUCAGGUUCCUCUAAAGGGAAAUUGUAUUUAUAUAAUUGGAACGAAUUUGGGCUACACAGUGAUGCCUUCCCAGGACCAAAAACUACAAUUAACUCCUUGGUACCAAUUACAGAAAAUAUUGCUGUCACAGCCUGUGAAGAUGGAAAUUUAAGAGCUACACAUUUAUUUCCACAUAGACAUUUGGGAGUUGUUGGUCAGCAUCAACUAUCAGUUGAAAAUGUGGACAUUUGCAACACAGGCAAAUUCAUUGCUUCAAGUAGCCAUAAUAAUGAUGUUAAAUUCUGGAAUAUUCAGUACUUUGAAGAUUUCGAAAAAGUUUCUCACAAACACAAGAAACAUGAGAGAAAAAAAGAUUUGGAAAACAACUUACCAUCUUCUAAACUUAAAAAUGCCUCGGAUUUUUUCUCUGGUUUAGCAUAAAUAAAAUAUAUUAAAAAUUGGACUAAUAAAAGAUUUAUUAUUUUCAAAUUUUCUUACAAUAAAUAUGUAUAAGUGAAUAAAUAAUAUUGCUUAUAUAAUUUAAACAAUCCGAACUAUGGACGGACAUUUAGUUUGGCGUAACAUGUAAAUAUUAUAGUAUGUAAAAAUUACAUCUAAUAUUGUGCAUAAAGUUGGUUUUAUUUUUUUUGUCAUUGCUCCUUAUAAUGUCCAGAAAUAUUUUUUCAUCAAUUAUAGGUAGGUAUUUGUAGAAAAUGUGCAAUUAUUUACUAAAAGUACAAAUCGCGUAUCAUAGAAUCA